AUGUUGGCCUGGCGUGCACGUCAACUUCGCAUUCUGACUCGUGGUCUUCGAACGCAAACACGAUAUGAAUAUGUUCCAAGGGAUGAUAUGGAUGACCAUCCUUACAUGAGACCAGCUGGUCUGGCUACACCUCGCCAGUUGGUGCAAUAUUUAGAUGAAUUUGUAGUUGGUCAAGAGAAAGCAAAGAAAGUAUUAUCUGUUGCCGUGUUCAACCAUUAUAACCGAGUACAUGCGAACCUGUCCUCUUUAUCACCGGAAGAAGAACCUGGAGCGAUGGACUGGUCCGAGACUAAUGUGGAUGAUGUUCGCUCAGGCGUGUCGUCUGCUCGAUUACACCCGCAUCCCCACCGGAUAUCAUCCUCAAUCCCACUACAGACUCGCCAUCCUGUACCAUUAUUUGAGAAAAGCAAUGUGCUGGUAAUAGGACCAACAGGUUCUGGAAAGACGCUAUUGGCUAGGACACUGGCAAGAGUCCUUGAUGUCCCGUUCUCAGUAAGCGAUGCAACCUCGUUUACGCAGGCCGGAUAUGUAGGAGAGGAUGUUGACAUGGCAAUCCAUCGGUUGCUACAAGCGGCAAGCUGGGAUCCUCACCGCGCCAGCACCGGUAUUGUUUAUAUCGACGAAGUCGAUAAAAUCGCGCGUAAAUCGGGUGGUACUGGUAUGGAAGGAUCUCGGGAUGUUGGUGGGGAAGGCGUGCAACAAGCACUCCUUCGCAUGAUGGAGGGUUCCAUAGUGUCAGUACAAGGCAAGUCGCCUAGUCCAGCUGACACCCCCAGUGCUGCCGGGCCAGAGGGGCGAUCAAGACCUGGUCAAAGGGGUGCCAAUGCCCCAUCAUCAAAGUCUGACACUUACCAUAUCGACACCUCCAAUGUGCUUUUCAUUCUUAGUGGUGCUUUUGUGGGACUUGAUAGUGUUGUAAAACGACGGGUCGCCAAAGGUUCAAUAGGGUUUACUGCGAACCUGGCUCCGAGCGAGGAGUCUAAUUCCGGAAGCUUCCUUCCUUUUUUUACGCCUAACCGAGGGUCAUCGCAUAACAUGCUUGAUUUAGUUGAGCCGGGAGACUUGGUGAAAUAUGGAUUUAUUCCCGAGUUUAUAUCACGAUUACCCUCCAUCACGACACUAGCCCCUCUCACCAUUCCUGACCUGCGUCGGAUAUUGACUGAAGUUCGGGGAUCACUGAUUUCUCAAUAUACCGCAUUAUUUGGCUACUCUGGUGUAGAAAUACGGUUUACAAGCUCCGCAUUGAACGAAAUAUGUCGGAAGGCUUUAGAAAGAGGAGGUGGAGCUCGGGGCUUAAGGGGUAUUAUGGAAACACUGUUGCUGGAGCCCAUGUAUGAAGUGCCUGGCUCAAGUAUACGUUUUGUCCUCAUCAACGAGGCCGUAGUGCAAGGGAAACAGCCAGCAUUAUAUUGGAACAAAUCGGAUGGGGCUGCCUUCUGGACAGCUUGGGCCGAAGAAGAAUCUCUCGCAGAACAUACAGCAUCAUGA